CUGAGCUAACCUGGCUGCUUUACAUGGAACGAAGACAGGGGAUUAUCAGUUAAAGGCAUGGUAUCCACGGUGGAACAUAAUUUAGAGGUCACUCACUGCUGUGAGUCCCGUUCGCUGUAGUGUAGUACCACAAGUUACCACCAGGAGAUAUGUUCAAGGUGAAGGAAGACGGCCAUGGCCAGGAAGGUAUUCUAAGAGGCCAAGAACAGUGUUGUGCCGGCUAAGGCAAGCAAGUAGAAGGACGGUAGAGUGAAUGACAGUGUAUAAUUCAUUCCUUCUAGUGUUUAGGAGGCUAUUUUUAAACACUCCUCUAUUUAGUGAUUUCCUUAUAUGAAAAUACAUGUGAUGGAUUACUUAAGAAGGAGUGACAGUGUUGUUUCUGUGGAUAAUAUGUAAUUAUUUAAUUUAAUGUGUUGUCAUGGGAUAAGACAUGAAUGUGUAUCGCUGGUGUGCAGACUUCUUAAGAACUGACGAUAUUUCUUGUGAAAAGGAUUAAAACAUCGAGGAGUUUUGUUUAAGUUUCUUCACUGGUAAACGGAACACAAUGUUCCGACAGUUUGUACAGGUGCAGCUUAACCUCUAACUACAAAUAAAAAAUAGACAGUGAUCAGUUUUAAAUUACAAUGGUUUAACUGCUGAUUAAACUGUGGAAUAAUUCGUGGAAAUUUUUGCGUUUGGUACAGUGUGGUGAGUUCAGAUUGACAGGAUUACCUUGUAUUUCCAGUGAUGUUGAUCUUUUCAAGAAUAUUGUCAAGACAGCAUUGUGGAUAAUUUACAAAAGUAUUAAUGCAGCGACUGAUCGGUGGGGAGGAAUCGCGAGACAGAGGCAGAGCAACAUAUGUCUCAGCAGGAACAACAACAUUCUGUUGAAGUUGUGCCCCGAAAUCUAAGGCACUAUGACGACAGAAAUGGUUCCAUGGACGAAGUAAUUCGCAGGUGACAUCUAUCGGAAAUUUUUGGCCAUGCGUCAGGAGAGUAUGGAAGACGGCGGCCCGUCGGACAGUGACGGCGGUUGGGACCUGUCCAGUAUGCGGGAAGACGAGUUCGAGCAGCACGUGGUUUACAUCGUGCCCGACCUGCCCACGGAGCCGGGCUGCCCCAACCGUGCAGAGAGCUCCCUUCCCCGCAACUUGGUUCUCAAGCCGUCCCAAGCACUCAGCGACGUGCAAGGUGUGUGGAGCACAGGAUACAUUCCAACAGGAACAAGAUUUGGACCUCUUGUUGGUGAAGUAUAUGCCAAGGAUGCUGUGCCCAACACUGCCAACAGGAAGUAUUUCUGGAGGGUGCAAAUUAAAGAAGAACCAAGACAUUGGCCAAAGGUUUACAAAGACAACGAACUUUUCUAUUACAUGGAUGGUUAUGAUACCAGUAAGUCCAACUGGAUGCGUUAUGUCAACCCAGCCUAUUCUUCAGCAUCACAGAAUCUUAUAGCAUGCCAGUAUAAGAUGAACAUCUACUUCUAUACCAUCAAACCAAUCUUGCCGAACCAGGAGCUUCUUGUAUGGUACUGCCGAGAGUUUGCUGAGAGGCUCAACUACCCUCUAACUGGAGAACUUAUGCUGCAGAGGAUACGUCAACAAGUACAGCAGCAGUCUUCAGUGGUGACCUCAGAUUCUCCAAAUUCAGAUGAGAGCAACGGCGAGACAGUUGACAAGGAUUGUCAUCACAUUGGAUAUGAAUCCCACCCUGUCCAGAUUGUGGUGUCUCCUGGCAAGGAAGUGAUGCACAUUGGUGGCUAUGAAACACGCCCAGCACAACUUACACCAUCCCCCAGUAAGGAAGUCGCAGGCCAUGGUUAUGAGCCACGUCCAGCACAACUGACUCCCACAGACGGCUCUGUUCGAUCAGAUGAGGGUUACCACAGCAAUGGUUACCAUGAUGAUGGUUUCACACCACCAGAGGACAGCAGUGAUUCUGACAGUGACAACAACUACGUUCUGGAUUUCAGCAAAAAACCAACAGAGAGAGAGACAACUGUGGUAGUAGAACCACCAGACCUCCAGAAAAAUGAAUACCGCAAAGUGAAAAUCAAGAUCUCAAAAGCAUAUCAUUACAAAAGUAAGACUGCUGAUACCACAGAAAGUAUUGACACAGGCGAUAAAGACUUGGUAUCUAGCCAGCAGACUCCAGUAACAUCUCCAAGAAGGGCAGUUACCCCUAAUGACACAGUGAUCAUUGUUGACUCACCACCACCACCUCCUGUACCAUCAGUCCAGCCAAGUAAACCAUACUAUGAACCAGAAGUGGUAAGCAGUGGUGGGAAUACAAUAAGCAGGCACAGUCCCCCCACAAUGAGCAUCCUUGAAAAUAUACUGACAAGGAACAGGACAGAUACCAACAAUAACAAAGAUGCUCCAAAUCACAGGCUACCAGCUGCUACUCCCCCUCCAUCAUCACCUACAGAAAUGGCUUAUUCAUACAAGAAAUCACAUCGGUAUGGUACAAUUCCUUGUAGUCCAGAUUCUAGUUCAAGCACAAACAAUUCAAAUACGACAGCCACAACACAGCCUCUCCCUUCAAUUAUUCCCCAACCACCCCCCCAGUCACCUCAGCACCCACAUUUGAUUCUACCCCCUUUACAGCCCACACGCAUACCUCUUCAUUCCCCAAGAACCCCAACUCCACCCCAACCUUCAGUUUACCAUGGUGGUCCCCAGUCUCCAAUUCCACAUACAGAGGUAACUUAUCUCAAUGGACAGCCUGGCAGCAUCCUACCAUCAGCUCCGAUUUUCAGUAACCAUUCACCCUACCCAUACAACUUGUACUCAACACAAAAUGGGAGCAUGAUUCACCACCAUAGCCCUCCAGGUUCCACGUCAUACUCUCCCCCCCAUUCUUCAAAUCACAUCAUGGAACGCAGCACCCCUGGAAUCCAUCACCCUCCACCCAUGAUUGGUUUGCAGAAUGGUGGACUUGUGAAUGGUUCAAAUGGGAACUUACAUUUGAGUCACCAUCUACUGACACCAUUGGCACCAUUGCAGCAGUUAUCACCACACAAAUGUGAAAGGUCGUUGUCCCCGGAUGCUGGUGGCAGUAGUAGUCCUCACAGCCCAAACAGCAGUCAUGGCGGGGGCUCCAGAGGCUACAAGUCUCUCCCAUAUCCACUCAAGAAAAAAGAUGGCAAGAUGCAUUAUGAGUGCAAUGUUUGCUGCAAAACAUUUGGUCAGCUCUCCAACCUCAAGGUGCAUUUGCGUACUCAUUCGGGUGAACGCCCAUUCAAGUGCAAUGUAUGCACAAAGAGUUUCACUCAGCUGGCUCACCUCCAGAAACAUCAUCUAGUCCACACAGGAGAGAAGCCCCAUCAGUGUGACAUAUGUAAGAAGAGAUUCAGCUCCACCUCUAACCUGAAGACUCACCUUCGGCUACAUUCUGGCCAGAAACCCUAUGCAUGUGACCUUUGUCCCGCCAAGUUCACGCAGUUUGUUCACCUAAAAUUACACAAACGUCUCCACACCAAUGAGAGACCAUACACAUGCCAGGGCUGCAGCAAGAAAUACAUCAGUGCAAGUGGGCUCAGAACACACUGGAAGACAACAAGUUGUCGGCCAAAUAACAUAGAGGAGGAGCUAGCAUUGGCAGCAGCUGCAGGUUCUCCACCAGGUUAUUUUGAUUAUGCAGGCUCAGAUAUUAGCCUGGGUAGCUUAGAAAAAGAGAUUCCUGAUAUGGAUUCAAGAGAUUCAUACGAUGCUCAACAAACUCAACAUUGCAUUACAACUGCCAACAUCAGUAGUUCAGAUCCACCAAGGCCUAGUGUGAUCGAAACAUCACAGCCUCAUGUAAUUGAGUGCACAUAAACAAUUUUAUGAUAAUCUGGGUCAGGAAGAAUUUGUGAAUUUGACUCUUAUGCUGUUGCAGUUUAGUGAAAUGUACAGACAUGAUAUUGUUAAGAACGUGGACCUGCAGAACAGUUUAAAUAUCAGGUACCCUCAGUAGUGUUGAAAUAUCAGUUCUGUGCAUCUGGUUAUUUAAUUAUUUGUGCAUAACAAAUAAAUGUUACUUUAUUUAUUUUUGGUAUUUGUCAAAUAAUAAAAUCUGUUUGAAAAAGAGAAGGAAAAUACUUAUACCAUUGGCAGGAAGCGAUUCUGAUGAAGACUGAUAUUUCUCUUUUAGCAAUGAAAUGGCAAGAACUUCACAAACUGAGUGUUUGAACACAUUUACUAAUUUAUGAUCAUCUUUCCUCUCAUCACAUGAUAAUCACUACUACUACUACUACUACUACUACUACUACUGUCACUGUGUUUCCAUCCUUUCAUCAUCUCCAUUUUUUAUAGAUCACAUUGUACCACAGCUUUGAGGUUUGAUUUGUAACCUACACAGAGAGUGCACAGGGUGGUAAAAUUUCUUAAAACCUGAGUUCCGUAAUAAUACUAAGCACAUGCCGUGAACAUAUGGUCAGCUUUAUUCACUACCUGUGUGACAAGGUGGUAUGUUAAAACUCAUUUAUAACACUAUCACAUCCCAGGUAAGAAAGAACAUUAAAUUCUGAAGUAAUUUCAGAGUCAUACAAGAUUAGUAUGGUGAAAAUCCUCCAUUAUUUUUACAGCAGAUUUAAUUCUAUAUCAUUCAUUUUUAUGAGUUAAGUAACUUGGAAUUAAGGUUUGAGGAAUACAGAUGAAAGCUAUUUAAACCCUUUUGUGGGCAGAGGGAAUUAUAUUUCCCACUACAUCUUUCCCCAUAUCAGAUCUGUUCUUUAUACACUGCAUACCUAUAGUAUGUUGCCUUGUCAUAGGCAGUGGGAGGUAUAUAUCCCACUGUAAAUUCUGUUGAAAUCACAUAAGAUUUGCUCAUGAAAGGGUUAUAUGAAAUAAUAUCAACUCCCAUUAUUUCAUUCAAAUUUAGCAAAGUAAGUAAAAUGAUACAUUGCGGUAAAUAAUGACAAAUGUAUGAUAUGCUGAGCAGCUGCAGCACAAAUCCUGGCCCAGUAGAUGUCACCACUGGCCUGAUUAUGCUCUCUGUAACUCAAUACUGUUCCUGCCAUCAAUAAUUAGUUCUGUCUGUACUAGUAGAUACAUGUUUUAGAACUGGUUCAUGUUUUUCAUGCACUUUGCAUUAACUACAAAUAUUUCUCCAUUUCUUGAUAACACUGUUGGCUGAAAAAAUAGAUAAAAUAAAUGCUUUGUGGCAUUAAUUGUUUUAUAAGUCUUCACAAAAGGUGUUCAUGGAUUAGGUGUAACUUUUGUAAGUGAUUGUAGUAAAUCAAUGUGAUUUUGUAAACACACCCUUAGAGUUGUGGGCCACUGCACCAUUAUACUGGUUGUAAUAUAUUGAAGGAAGUGAUUUUUCAGUUUUUAAAAGGGAGAAGUUUAGUCUUGAUAAAAAUAUAACUCAGAUUUUUCAUCAGAAGAUCCAAGUUUCAGUCCCCAGUGCAUAUCCCUUUCUGCCCAAGCCUGAGCUUUAGAAAUGUGGAGAAUACCAAGUGCUCUCCUCUACAUAUGUCCAGAGUCCAUGUUCAGCCACUUAUGCCUUCUGAUAAGCUUCAUUCUCACAUCUUACUAUUAGAAAUACCAAAAUUUGUUCCACCAAAGUCUUUAAUUUUGCCAGCAGGUGGAGGUCAGGAAGGUCAGUAAGACCAUACCAUCAAGUAUUUUGUCACAAAUGAAUAGUUGUUCAAUGUGAUUGCAUUAACAUCCCAGCAGUAUUUAUUACACAGUAAUCAGUUUUUGUUAUUAACAAAUGUGUUUCAGUCCGAAUGUAUGAUCUACAGUGUCUCAGUGUCUUGCAGUAAAAUUUUGUCCUGAUUUUAGCUGUUUUUGAAUCAGUAAAGUAUGUGAAUACACAUUAAAACCUGUAAUUGAUAUAAUAUUUACAAAUUAUUUUUAACCUUGACCUUAAAGUCAUAACUGUGAGAUUAAGGUAUAUGUAAACUUGAAGUUGUUUGUGGACAAACCCAAUGGAAAUUUGAAAUAUACAUCAUCAUCAUACACACUUUAAAAUCCAAUUGUAAUGCAUGCUAAAACAACUUCUGGGCUAAGAGUGCAAUCCCUUUUCAUCCCAAUUAGCAUACUGGGAGCUCACUUUUACAUUAAUAUCAUCAGUACUUUGCUAUUUGCUGUAUUUUUAUGUAAAAAUAUUCCAUUACUUCAAUAUGUAGAACUGUACUAUCUUCACUGUUGCAGGUCUUCUAAUUCAUGUUAAUAUAUUUCCCAGUUUAACCUUAGACAUUUAUUAGGCAAGGCUUUGACUUGUGUCUCCCUGGUCUGGCAGGUGGUAGUAUUUGUACUGUCCUUAUAUCCAUGUAAAAUAAUCCCAUAAACAUAUUAUUUUGUAUUUUGCUCAUUAUUGAUACUAUCAAGAUAUAGUUCCUAACAUUCUUUUGUUCUAACAAUACUGCAUUGCCCUCUUUAGGAAUAUGUGUAUCAAGAAAGGCCCUGUGACAUGUAGUAUUUUGUGCAUGGAGAACUGGUUCAUGUUUAUAAAUGUACGUAGAGUAGACCCUCUACAAAAAUUUGGUGUCACAGAACAUCUAUAAAACCUGUUUGUAAGUAAAAUUGACAUUUAUCUACUUCUGAAAUCACUAUUAUUAUACAGAAUGUAUAGUAUGUAUGUAGUGACUAAGUGCAUACAUGUAAAUCAAGACACAUUUCAGACUGUGACUGAGCUGGUAAACUGGUUGCUCAUUAAAUUCUGUUGUUUGAACAAAAUAAUCUCAAGUUUAGAGAAAACAGAAACAUGCAACUUAAUGAUAACAGACUAUGAACUUUACCCUCUGUACCUGCAAACUACGCCAAAUAAUUUUGCUACACGGUCUUAUACUGUAAUUAAUUGAUCUAAUAGAUAUUUAUAUUACAUGAAACAUAUGUAAUUGUACUGUGGCAAAUGAUUGAAGUUACGGUAUAAAAAGAGCCUACUGUUUGCAGAUUUUCCUCAUGAACAUCUACAAUUGUGUCCUUUUUUAACUAUUUUUAGUGUUUUAAUCUUAUCUUCAGCUGGUACACAUUUUAAAUGAUAGCAAUACUAAAAACGGAAUAAAAUAUUUUAACCUGGGUAGGAUUUCAGUCUGUGACCUUUGCUACACAAGUUCCUCCACUGGCUAUGGAACUGCAUUUUUAUGUUGGAUUAUAAAUCUAUGUUACACCCAAAUAUGGAAUUAACAGCACUUGGUUUCUAAAAUUGCAAAUUUGUGCGUUAGGAAGGUAGGUUUCAAGAGUUCUAACCAAAUUCCUUUUUAAACUUUUUCCAUUAUUUAUUUACCACUGAUUAAGUUAGGUUAGGGAUAAUGUGCCAGAUUUGAUUCAGGUGUACCUAGUUUGAAUCUCAGCUGGAGCAGUUUCACUGUGAGCCUCCAAUACUAAAUAUAAUGAUAUUUCAGGAACUGAAAGACCUGGUGGUUCUUCAAGGUGUUCAACAGAUGUUCUGAGUGUUUGACAACAGGGUCAUGUCAUUGACUUUCCCAUCAUGGGGUUUCUAUGAUACCAUCUUGGUCUUGCUGUCCUGUUAUUUCAUCUAAUAAAGAGGAGAACAUAAAACUCCUUGGUGAACAUGAUCAUUGGCAUUCAGGACAGACAAAAUAGCUCAUCAUUUUGUUACCAAUUUUAGGCUACUUCAGUCUGAGGAACUGGGGUUCAGUUCCCUGCAGGAGCAAGAAAUUUUUCUCCUCUCAACUCACCCUAACUCUGUGACUCACCCAGCCUCCUAUCCAAUGGGUACUAUUCCUCAGGGAUAAAGCUGACUACUUACUCUGUAUCUAGUUCAAAGGCUAAAAAUGGUUGAGCUAUACCUCCACUCCUCUAUAUAUCUUCAUGAUGUGCUUAAUUAAUUAAGCAAGGGGAAACUUGUAUCUUCAAUAGAAACAAAAUGUUCCUUUGCAGAUAUGUACUGGUUACCAUUCAGUAUUAAUUAUUGUUUAAUAUUCAUUGCUAGUUUGUCCAGUAACAUUAUUAGUGCAUCACAGUUAAUUCAACAAUAUAAAUAUUUAUGAAUGCUUGCUUUAUAUAUAAUUUUAUUUCUUUACCUUAAUAUUUUGUGCACCUUUUAGUAUCCAGUUCUGUAUAAGUACAGUAUUACUGUUGUGCAAAUCAGUGUAAUUCUUCCAUAACCUCCCACAUUUUACUCCAUAAAUAGAACUUGCUCUCAACCUUUCCAUUAUUUGGCAAUUAUAAAAUUUAGUAGGGUUAUUUCAAAAAGUUCAAAUUUAAUACCUGAGCACACAUAUCAUUAUUAGUGAACAUAUUGGAAAUGAUUGUCAUUACUUAGUUCAGUAAUUGUCAUCAUCCUGUCUCCUUUCCAAAACACUCGGGGUUGGGAUAUAAAAACUUUUUUGUUUCUGGGUAUGAUACAUGGUCCCUCAUUUUGAGGCAAAUGUAAAUUAUUCAUGAGUGAAAAAUGUGCCUGAGAAAAUAUUUGGAUCUAGGAAUGGUGUAAAUACAGUGAACUGUUCUGCUAUUUUACAUCACAAGACAUUUCAUGUAAAUUUUCCAGUAGCAUAAAACUGUAAACAUUGCUAUGACUUUACAAUGUUCUGUCAACAAAUAUUGCAGUUGUAUUGGAAACAAUAAUUGCAGAAUUUUUCUUUAAGUAUCAAGAGAAUAUAACGGACUGAACAUGUAGCAAAAAUGGGGAGAAAAGAAUGCAUACAGAAUUUUUGUGAGAAAAUCUGUUAGAAAAUUUCCACCUGGAGGACCGAGAAGGAGAUGGAAGUAUAAAAUUUAGAUAAAUUUUGUGAUUGUAAGUUGUGAUGAUGGGCUGUGGAUGGAACUAUGGAUCUGGCUCAGGGUCAUUCCACUAGUUGACUUUGGUACUAGCAGUGAUGAACUUUCAGUCCCUGCUGUCAUAAUGACUGGUAGUGAACUUAGUAAGCCUAUUACAAAACUAAUAAUCAAUGAAUUUAUCUUCCUUUGUGCACAUGAAGUAGAAUAUAAUCUCAAGCUUUGAUAGACAUUCAUUUAUUUAUAUCAUAUCCACAAUUAAAUUAAGACAAUUCUAACAAGGGGAGUUACUUCUUAGAACAGGCUAUGAUUCAUAUUAUUCUGCAGGUUAUGACACCAUGUAGUCUCUUAGGUCUGUACUGAUCCUUUGGAGGAACAUACCAUGGCCUACCAGAUUACAUGGUGUCACAACCCAGAAGACUACAAUAUGGACCAUCACUUCCAAGAAAAUCUUAUAUGUCAUAUGAGUUAACAUUCAGUCUGUAAGAUCAUGUUAAUGAGGGUGUGUCAGGUUUGUUUUUAAUCUCUUCCUCCUGUAGACCUAAUAUAGCUGUAAUAAGGAAUAUUUUGAAACCAGUACUAUAGCUAAGUGUAUUGAAAUUGUAAAUGUAGAAUAUAUAUGUGCCUACAAAUUUUGUAUGAAAUUAUUUUUGUAUGUAAGAAUAUCUGUGUCACUUAAGUGUUUAGUUUCAGAACGUUUUUUGUUGAGCCAUCUGCUCCAUGCAUUAACCUAAAUCUUUCAUAUCUCUUAAUUUCUUAAUUUUUCCUGUCAAACUCACAUAUAUAUAGUACUAACACACAACAGGAUGCAUUCCUUAAAGAUUCUUAAUUUCUUGUUUGUAAUAUUUGGAAAGUUGACCAUUACUCUUUUGCUGUUCUCAACUAAGUGACUUUUCCCACUACUUUUAUUUACUUUAUUUUAAUGAAAACAUGCCAUAUUAUCUUCCUCUAGCCUUUCACAGCAUGAAAUUUUUUACUGCUAUAUACACCCAUUUUUGCAAAAUUUCCCAGACUGGAUAAAAUGAUUGUGUGUGAAAAGAUGAAUAGAUAAUGAUAUUAUCUUUGCAAAAGAGAGAGAGAGGGGGAUAAGAUACUGCAUUAAUAUCUUUGAGUAUAAUUUUAGAUAAUGGUAGGACCAUAAUCCACUUUUCUCCUUUCCUUACCUUCCCAUGUUCAUUGUUCAUCUUUCCUCCUCCUUACCAUUUACUUCAGGCUGACCAGAAGCAGAUGUAUUCUGCUAAUUGGUCUAGUAACUUGUCUUUAUUUCUGAAAGAAGCUUGUAGAGGCCAAGGACAGAUUUAAGCUACAGAUUUCACUGAAAAUAAAUAUCCAGUUGCACAGUGUCUUAUGCUGCCUGUGUAUAUGCUGUGUAAACUUAUUCAUCUUUCCAGUACAUAAUUAACAAUGUGCUAGUGGUACAGAACACAGCUAAGAUAGUCAAAGAUUACGUAUUGUAAUAUGCUGACUUCAGAAACAGAUGUAGCUUGUAGAGAUUAGAAAUGUAACACCUGUGACCCUAAUCUGAUCACCUUUGUGGAGACCUUUAAAAAGUGAAAACAGACCAGCAAUGACACUCACUCUCACCUGAUGAUCAACUUUCUAAACAUUGUGCUCAACAGUGUAAUCAUUCUUUUGUUGUGCAGUUGCACUCCGAAACUUAAUGUGUAUCAUUGUUGACAAAAAUUUACAUUCAUUGUUAAUAUUUAAUAGUAUAAAAAUUGUAAACAUUGCUGUGACUUUAAUGUUCUGUCAAAAAUAUUCAGUUGUGUGAGGAACCUUAAUUGCAGGUUAUUGUAAAAUUGUAGGUGCAGAAUGGUUCUUUGACUUUGACAUCCGGACAGUAACCCACCGAUGGUUGUUGAUUCAUAAAAUUAAAUGAAUUGGUAAAACUAAAUUCAAACUAUACUGGAUUACAAAUAAUUAAAUUUGCUUUCAAUUGUAUGAUUAUUUGUGGUUUAAUAUAUGUUUAUAUUAAAUACUGGUAAUAUGUGUUCAUAAGAUGCUGUUAUAAUUCAAUUCAUUUAGUUUCUUCAUGUUAAAAGACUCUUUAUGUUCUCAGGCAUACACAUAUUUUCUGUUAAUAAUUUUAUAUUGAUUAUUACUCUUUUUAUUUGUUAGGCUUAUUAUUUAUGGUUAAUAUUUGAUUCUUAUGAACCUCAUUGAUAGAUAAUAUCCCAUACAUUUAGUUCACUCUCAUUUUAAACAUCUGCACAGAUUUUGUAAUUUAUUCAUAACAGAUUAAUCCCUUUUGAGUCUUUAUAAUAAGAAGGAUAUCCAUGUGAGUUGAAGUACUUGUAUCAGUAUAGUAUGUACCAUGUACACAUGCUUGUUGUGAUAAACAACCAGUAACCAAAAUUUUUUAGGGGUUGCGUUCCUACAAUGAAGAGAUUGAUCUCAUUUACUUAUUGUAACAGUGUUGAAUUUCGCAGUAUAACAUGAAAGCUAAGUAAAAAUUGCUGUUGAAAUUUAGAAGUAAACAUACAUCUAAAUUAAUUCUCAUAAAUAUAGAACUUGUGUGAAAUACUUAUCUGUUGCAUAUUUUGAAUUUGAACUUGCAUCAGCUGGCUGUCGCUAAAUGUACAUUUUAAAUAUAAAUUUUGUGCAUGUUGUCCAACAUGGGAUUAUAAAGCUAGGCCUCUAUGGGAAAAAAUAUUUAAUACAUCUAUAUACUGCGUUUAGGUAAUUUGUCAUACUAAUUUUGUUAAGACAAAUUAGUUUCUAUGAAAAGAUAUAUCCAAGAAUUUUAUUGUGCCUUGAAUUUGGAGUAAUUUUUAGAUGAGGCAGCUGAAUUAGCUUCAGUGUUGGUAAAAGAUUUCAAGCCCUUUCAUUAAGCCCUGUACCUAAUCAUUUUUAAUUUCAUAAGGAUUAUUGUUGUACAUAUGUCUUUUCUUUAUGGCUGCUAUUUUAUGCCUGAUUGCAUAAAAAUACAAUUGCACAUCACAGAAUAUAUUUAUUUCACUUUAGAGUUUAAUAAUUAAGAUGUAGAAAUGUCAUAAAAGUAUUAUCAUUAUUUUAAAUAUAUGUUAUCAACUCUCUAUAGAAAAUAGCUUGCGCGUUAUUUAUUGUUGCUAUAUGUGAAUGUUUGUAAAUAAUUGAUCAGUGCUGUACUUUGGUUACAUUUUACAAAGCUGGGACAGAAACUCUAUGAUUCUUUUAUACAUAUUUCAUGCGAACACUUAGAAAUAAGUAGUAAAAUCUUAAAACAAUGCUCAAUAUGAAUGCAAAUAAAAAGUCUAGUGUUCUGUGUUACACAGUUUUUGAUAAUCUUUUAAAACGCAUAUAUAUAUGAUGAUGAUAAUAAUAAUUAAGCUAUCUAAUUAUUGUCAAUUAAAGGAUGAAAAUAUAUAUGCAUUUUGUUAAUAUAUUUCUUAUAAAUGAUGAAAAUUAUAUAAAUUUUUUAGGUACUUUUGCAUGUUUUUGUCCAGCUUGUAAAAUGUAGAAUAAGGUUGGCUAUAUAGAUUUUUCAUCUCUCACUUUCUCAUAAGUGUUUUGAUUAAUGUGGUAUUUAUUGUUAUUUAAGAACAGGUGGCAUCACCUUCCCUGUGAUUUCAAACAGAGUUCCAUGACUGAAAGCCAUAAUAUUUGAAGAAAAUAAAAUUGUUUAUAAUGACUGAAAGGGACUUAUUUUUCAGUUUAUAGAAUGAGAGAUGCAAUGUGGUAAUUUGAGAGUUCCUAUGCAGUUUGUUUGUCUUCAACUUCAGAACAGAAUACAUAAUGGUGCAAAGUAUUUUUUGUGCAUAUAACAUAAGAUCUAAAGCUUUCAUGGCAGCAGAAGUAAAUGCAGCCUUCUUGGACUAUCAUCUGUGUCAGUUGUUUAAAAAUUAGACUUCAGGAAAGUUCUCUGUCUCCAUCAUGAAUAUCAGAAUCUGAUGAUAAGAUCAGAGGUAGUUGCUAAAAUCAGUUAUUUUUAACCAACACACAGCUGAUAGCUCAAGAGUAUUUUAUUAACAUUUAUAUGUCCACAAAUCACAUUUUACUAACAAUUUUGAUGAAUUGGCACUGCAUCAAAAAAAAAAUAUGCUAUAAGAAUAUAACUAGUCUGGGUAAAUAAUGUCUAAAAUACAUUGGUUUCCAUUAUGACCCCACAGUUCUGUCCACAAGAAGUUAAUCAGUUAUUCAGAUUUUAACAUCAAGUAAUUUAAUAGGAAGUUGUAAAUAAAAUACAAAUAUGGGGCACCAUACAACAAAGCAAAAGUAACGUAAUAGAUAUAAAAUUAGUGUACAGAUAUUUGAUGCUAGGAUAGCUCAUUCAGUAUAGCAACAGGCUAUGGGCUGGGAAGUUGAGGAAUCAGGGUUUGAUUUCCAGCAGGGAUAAGAGAUUUUUCCUUCUUCUCAGUGUCUAGAUUGUCUGUCGAGUCCAUCCAGUCUCCUGUCCAGUGGGUACCAGAGUUAAAGUGGCUUGAGUGUGAAGCCGACCACUUGCCCCCAUCUAGUGCUCUAUGUGGCUAUACCACCACUCCCUUGUACACCCUCAUUGCAUUGUACUUAACUGAUUAAGCAUAAGGCCAACUUUAUUUAUCUUCCAGUUAUUUGGAUACUAAAAUGCAACAAUAUCCCAUAGGACUGACUAAAAAUGUUUAUGUGGGUCCAGUUCUUAGCAGCACAUAAAAUUCAUUAAAAUGCAACUCAAACAUAUCUCAUUAUGUACCACACUGUCUCUAUUUAGUUCUUUUUCUUUCCCUAAUUUUCAGGAAAUCUUUGAACAUCCAUCAGAUUACAGUUUCAUUUAGCAUGUGAGAUUUUAGAUUCUCACAGUAUUGACUAUGAAGAUUUCUGUCUUUGGUAUUACACUAUGCAGCUCAUUGGGCCCCCAUACACACAAAGUUUGGCCUCCCAUUCAGCCUGCACAGUUGAAGACUGAAAGGCAAAACUGAUGUGUGUGGUGUGGCGGGCCGGCCAUUCGUUUGGGCUGUUGGCCUGUAGGAAACCCGUCAGUUCUACCUGCAGGCCCAUAGCACGUGAUGUGUGUGACUCAGCAAUAUAGGCUGGAAGCCUGCCGGUUUAUCUGAGCAUGUAUGGGGAAGGAAAGGGAGAUGGAAAACUGAAAGUUUUGCCUGUAAGGUCGAUCGGAAGGCCAAACUGUGUGUGUAUGGGGGGCCUAAGAAUGAACCAUUCUUCCAACAUGUCAGUACCUAUCUAACAAACUACACGGCAUUGCAUCUCAGAAGACAGAAAUAUUUAUUUUAUGUAUGUAUUUUUUUAAGUGGUUCCAAGAUCUGUUAGAAAAGCAGCAAAAUUUUCUUCAUUUUUAGUUUGACAGAGUGAUGUUCUAUAAUUCAUGAUGAUGAAUGGCUGUAUUUCACUAUUUAUAUUACAACAGCAUUUUAACCUGCUUUUAUUUCCAUGGAAAACAGAAAUAAUAAACAUUUAUGUCAUAUAUGUGAGCUGAUAACUUGAAAGGGCAGUCGUAACUAAAAAGUUUCGGAACUUCGUUCGUUUCCACUAAACACCUUGCUCCUCAUCCCAUGGUUUUGUUAACUGGUGUGUUCUGGGAAGAACUUUACCGUAAUUUCCUUCAUAUAUUUUCUUAUAACAAUAUUAAUGAAAGACUAUAAAGUAAUAGUACUUAGUGAUUCAGUUCUGCAAAUAAUUUCUGCCUGUAGAUUCUGACUAUUUUAAUUCAUUAGAUGUAACUAGUGCUGGUAUGUGCCAGUAUGCACAAUGGAAAACUUGUCACAAGUUACGUUUCUGCCAGUCCAGAAUGUCUUCAGCCUAUAAAUGAGCAUGAGAGUACAGAAAAAUGUGUUUCUGGAAAAAAAAAGAGCACUGGAUAUAAUCUCAAAGAUUCAUAUUUUUUCUCAUUUAUAAAUGUCAACAUGUAAGCAAUAUUUCAUGUAGAAUUUAUUGUGCUUAUAAUUCAUUUCUACACAAAAUUUCACACAUUCAGCUCCAAUGAUUC